CUCUCAGACGACUUUAUCCCUUGGCCGUGAGAGGACUGCUCUAUUCGACGACGAUGGUGUCCAAGUGAACAAAAUUUUCCAACCAAUCCAAGGAAUUUUCCUGCCCUGUUGGAAGCACAAAUUAGGCAGCGAAAAGUGCUGUGAUUUUCCGGAAAAUACAGAUCAGAUCGUGCAGAUGAGAUAGAGUGAAGAAGCUGACGGAGAUAGACGUUGGAAAAGUGAAAAUCGGUGAGGUUUCAAGUCGAAGGAAGCUCAACAUCUGUGAAAAAUGGUUGAAGGUGAAAAAGCAUAAAGGUUGACUUAUUUUGACCAGCCCUGUGAAAAUUCGUGCAUAGUUGAAAAGCUGGAAAAGGGUUCGAAGCGAGGAAUUGGUUUAGGGUGGUGACGACUGGCGAGGGUGGUGGUUCCUCUUUCGGCAGUCAGCGUUGAAGGUGAAGUUCAACUUUGGUGAAGCAAUAACGCAGCGGAGAAGGGCAUACAUACCAAUCGGUUUGAUAUUUAUAGCUAUAUACGGAGGAACAAGUGUAAAACAGCCAGAAGAAGAUCUCCGCCUGGAAAAAUGCACUGAAGAGGAGUAAGAAGAAAAAAGUGUACGGGAUUUGUGGAUUGGAAUUUUCUUUCCUUCUUUCGGUCCAUUUGGCAACAGAGUACGUGAAAAUAUGGUGGCAGCAGCUGGUUAUUCAGCACGACUUUGAAGCUUUUGAAGCAGAAUUUCUUCUGAAGUUUGCUACAUCUAAACCAAAAGCGGGGAGUAUUGUUGUGCUUCGGAGUACCAGUGUGACGCGCAUUCAAGCCCAUUAAAGGAGUGUGGAUAAGGAUAAUUGAUAGCCUGCAAUAUGUCAAUCCAAACAGAUAAUAUUGAUUUUAAAGGAAAGCUCAUAGCAGCUGUCAAGAAAGAGGUGAAACAGGUGAUGGAGGAAGCCGUCACCAAGAAGUACAUCCACGAGGAAUCCGGCUCGGUGACUUCGCUCUGCGCUGCGGUAGAAGCUUGUCUCAGUCAAGGCUUACGGAGGCGGGCCCUUGGUUUGUUCAAAACUUCCUCGACUACGGCACUGCUGCACAAGGUGGCCAAGCAUUGCACUGAGGCUGCUGUUAUCAGUAAGAAAGUUCAGGAAAUUGAAAACAACGAUCCGAAUAAGAGGUCUUCUUCGAGUAGUGAUAGCACCAUCAAACCACCCAUUCUGAAGAAAGGUAGCAGUCAUUCGGUAUCGACAACGUCCUCUGCUGCUACGCCACCUGUUGUGAAGUAUCUCUGGAUCCGAUUAGCGCUGUACGAAAAGAAACUAUCUCGUAUAAUCGACCACUUGGUGACAAACGCAACGCGGUAUUACGAACGAGACUCUCUUGUUGCCGAUCCAGACUACGGCUCCAUACUAAGCUCCCUACUGGUAGGACCUUGCGCACUGGACUACUCGCGUGCUAAAACUGCUGACCACUUCUGGACAGAUCCACCGGCAGACGAGUUGGUCCAACGGCAUCGCAUCAGCUCGGGAAAUCCAUCAUCCCCAGCCUACCGUAGACCGAUGUUGAACUUCAAACGCAGCCUACACACCAGCUCCGAAGAGGGCAGCAUGGCUUCGUUCAAGUCCAACUCGUUGGUAUCCGCCUCGAAAGACUACGUAGAGUCGCUGCAUCAGAAUUCCCGCGCUACGUUGCUGUACGGAAAGAACAAUGUGCUUGUACUGCCGAAGGACGUAAGUGAACCGAUGCCCGGGUACCUCAGCCUGCAUCAGACGAUUCAAUCUUUGACCAUCAAGUGGACACCGAAUCAGCUGAUGAAUGGUUACACCGAAUCGGAGUGUAUCGACAAGAGUUCGUAUUGGGCUUAUGCGUUGAACGUUAACGUGGACGAGAUCGUGUAUGUCCACUGCCACCAGGCUCGGGGUGGAGAUACAGGUGGCACAAUCAUCCUGGUUGGACAGGACGGUGUUCAGCGCCCGCCGAUACACUUUCCCGAGGGAGGACAUAUGGCGGCGUUUCUAAGCUGCUUGGAGACAGGUCUUUUACCCCAUGGUCAACUUGACCCGCCACUUUGGUCGCAACGAGGCAUCGGGCGAAUCUUCCCUUGGCCGCACAAAUCCCGUCGCAGACCUCUGCCGUCUCUUUUGGAGGCAGCCACCAGCGAUGAACUGCCGAUCGAUUACGUAUUUCGCGUCGUUAACAAAGGCAACACCGAUGAAUUUUUGGCAAACCAUCCAAUCCUGGAAUUGGGACGGACCAGCCCACGUUACCGGGCGCAACUGAGCAGUUGCUCGACGAACGAAAGCAGCGAUUGCUCCAGUAAAAGUCUUUCGAUAGAUGCGAUGUCCAUUGACAGUCCAAACCCGGUAACGAACCAAUCCACAAGUAUUGCCCUUGUUUGCUCAACGAUGAAGAGACAGAUAAUCUCCCGCGCCUUUUACGGUUGGUUGGCAUACUGUCGACAUCUAUCUACGGUUCGGACCCAUUUGUCAGGUUUAGUCAAUGGUCGGAUUACUCCAGACGUUGGUGCUGAAGAAGGUCUAACCAAAGCCCGUUGGGACGAAUUACACGAUGAUAGGGGAGUGGUUGCAGAUGACCAGGAGGUUUAUCGUUUGGUCUAUUACGGCGGAGUUGAACACGACAUACGAAAAGAGGUAUGGCCGUAUUUGUUGGGGCACUAUACCUUCGGAACAACACCGGAAGAACGUGCUGAUUUGGAUGAGACCACGAAACACUACUACGAGACGACGAUGAGUGAAUGGUUGGCGGUCGAAGCCAUUGUUCGCCAGAGGGACAAGGAGAAGACGGCAGUUGCAGUUGCCAAGCUCAGUUCAGGCAGUGGAAGCCUGGAGAACAAGAGCAAGGACGCCGAAGAAGAGGAGAUGGAGAAUGAAGUGUUUGAAGAGAAUGGCUUUUCGGAUAUGUCGGAACCUGAAAUGGAGGAUGACGAGGAAACUUCCAGAUCGAAACUGCCAGGGGAUGCAAAGAAAGAACAUAAAGAAGAACCAGAGAAAGCUGAUGUUGAAGAAGGGGAAAAACUGGGUUCUCUGGACAAACUUGAACUUCCCCUCUCGGAACAUAGCCGGGACAUAGACAGUAACAAAAGUUCGCCGUCGGAUUCAUCUUACGCCACGGUGGGCAACGAUUUUGUGGACGUGGCCGAUAUGCUGCCAGUAACGAGCAACGAAAAUGUACUGCCCAAUGACGAGGAAGAUGCGAUCCGAGAUUCGGAAGUCCACGAUGAAGUCGAUAACUGCCCGGUGCAAUCACCAGGCCAUCCAAGAGCUGUGAUUGUGACCGAUGCGUCUAUUGACGUGACAAUGAUCAACGAUGCCAAAGAGCAGAACAACAAUACGCUAGAGGCUCUGCCCGAGGAGGGAAUGACUAGCCAGUUGGAUGCGCUGCAGGAACCCAAGUCGACCUGUGUGUCGCCGGCGAGUUCGAAUGGAGGAAUUUAUAGUAGUGAACUGUUGGAAUCCUUUGGAUUGAAUCUUCAUCGUAUCGAGAAAGACGUUCAACGAUGUGAUCGAAAUUAUUGGUAUUUUGCCAACGAAAAUUUGGACAAACUGCGGAACGUCAUUUGCACCUACGUGUGGGAGCACUUGGACGUCGGCUACAUGCAGGGUAUGUGCGAUCUGGUGGCCCCGCUGUUGGUUAUCUUCGACGACGAAUCCCUCAGCUACGGGUGCUUCUGCCGGUUCAUGGAGCGCAUGAUCGAGAACUUCCCCAACGGUGGAGCGAUGGAUAUGCAUUUUGCCAAUAUGAGAUCACUCAUCCAAAUCUUGGACUCGGAGAUGUACGACCUGAUGCACGCUCAUGGAGAUUAUACACAUUUCUACUUCUGCUACCGGUGGUUCCUGUUGGACUUCAAGCGAGAGCUGAUUUAUGCGGAUAUUUUUUCGGUGUGGGAGGUUAUCUGGGCAGCGAAACACGUGGCGUCAGCUCAGUUUGUACUGUUUUUAGCACUGGCUUUGCUGGAAACCUAUCGGGACAUUAUACUUUCCAACAGUAUGGACUUCACCGAUAUCAUCAAGUUUUUCAACGAAAUGGCUGAGCGGCACAAUACCCCUGCAGUGUUGAAACUGGCUAGGAAUUUGGUGCUUCAGUUGCAAACAAUAAUCGAAAAUAAGUAAAAUGAAUUCGCAAUUGUAUUGAUUGGUUUUGGCUGUUGUGUAAAAAAAUCCUAAUUAGGUGUCGUGAGCUGUCGUAAACUGCAUAUAAACUGUGGAUCAGUUUAGUUGGACUGGAAUCCAGCUACAAAACGUUGAAAGUUACUGCAACCAUAAAAGGCAUACCGUUUUGUUUCCAACGUAAAAUCAACCAACCAAUUCAGCACAUAUUCGUCUAUCCGACAGACUAUGGACUGUUAUCCAAUAAUCCAAUAGUAAAUGGAAUAUUAGUCAUAAAAAUGAGCAUAAAUGUCAAUGUACUGUCACAUGUAUGUCACUGUUACCUUCUUAUAUACAAAACGAAGCAAAACUAAAAUAGAUACUGUAUCUAUUGUUUUAAAUUUCUGCUUAUUCUAGGAAAAUGUUGAAACUAAAGGAUGAGUGUUUCUAUUUUACACACUAAUAAGUCAUCCUUUGUGCGUGUAUAAAUUAAUACCCACUAUUCGUGUAUACCAUUGUGUCAGUAAACUGUUUUCACUAUUCCUAUAUUUAUACACCUUUUAAUAGUGUCUAAUUGUAACUAGUUAUUCGAUCACACAAUUCAUUGUUUUAUCUCGCGUAAAGACAUAAGUUUUAAUGAUUGUUUCAGGAGAUUUGUUAAAACAAUUCAUUCCUACAAAAGACGCUAUUUUAAAGAUUAAAUAGACAUAUUUACCAAACCAAUGGCAUUACUAUCGAAUGCUGACAAUUACCUUUAUACUGUUACACGAUGACAAGCAGAUUAAUCGACUGUUAUAGAACUAAACCUAACGCGCUCCAAGAGCACACACACACACAAACACAACAAUUUAUAGGUACUAUACAUUCGUUUCACAUUCAAUUCACACAAAACAAUAUGUUGCAAAAAUCAGUGUCAAAUCACAAUACCACAAAAUAUCUUGAGAAAUGAAUCUUAUGAAUCAUUACAAAAUAUAUUUAUAUUAUUAUAUAGAAGCUCGUCUGGACUUUCAAACUGCUCGUCGAAAGCCAUUCCAGCCCGAUUUUGGCGCGGUUCAUGAACUUGCUGUAGUUUAUUGGUUGACCGACAAGUCGUGGACGAGCAAGAAUAGUGUUAUCAAUUCAUCAAUCUUCCAAUAGUAGUUGGUAAAAUCCAGAAACAGAAGGAAUACAGUACGGGCAACACAAAAUUGUCUGGAAAAUAUUUGCCUAUAGAUGAUACUGUUUAUAUAUAUGAUAUAAGACUAUAUAUAUUGUAUUACAAAUAAACAGUGACAUAAACAUUUACAGAAGCAUCGUGGAACUGAGAGGGCGCUUUGGAUUUGGACUACGGAUCGGUGAGAGAAAUUUGUGAGGAAGAACUGUGGGUAUUAGCGUUUAGAGUCUGACACUCAUUUAUCAAUUAUCUAAAACUGAUAUUUGUUUUCAGUCAACUAUGGCGAACAGUUUUGAACAUUCUAGUAUUCCCACAGUUCUUCCCCGCAGCAGAAUAUAAUAUAUGCCUAUUGUGAGCGAUUCAGUAUUUGUAUGAGCAAGUACAAUGCAACAUUUGGAGGUAACUUAAAAUAUAAACAAUACAAAAAACUACUGAAAAA